AUGAUAAGGAUAUAUAAAGACCAUUUGAAGGGAAGUCAUCACUUCAGCAGAGUAUUUUUGUACAUCAUUUUACACCUUUGUAAUAAAGCAAAUUUUUUUAAGAAGAGAUCCGAAAAGAACAACUUAUUUAAUAAUUGUGAAAAAGCGUUUUGUUUACAAAAAAGAAUUAUAAAUGAGAAGAAGAACAGAUCCAAGAAGCUGAAGAAAAGUGUAGUAGUACACUUUGCGACGAGCGAAAUUAGCUAUUUUUAUUUUCACUACUUUUUAUAUAUAGUAUUACCCAAACUGCAUUUUUUGGCUGAUUAUGAAAAAAAAAAAAUUAUUGACAACUUGUAUUUAAUUAAUACUAAUAUUACUGAUGAAGAUAUACAAGGACACUUAUAUAAUAAAAUAAAUGAAGAAGGGAAAUGUUGUAGCAUUAUCUUCUGUAAUGAUAUAUUACCAAAAGAAAAAUAUAAUUAUAACAAUUCGUUAACUAUAUUUUUAGAGAAUGCGAGUUUUUUAAAUAUAUUCGUAAACUUAUAUCAAAGAAAACGGAUGAAAAAAGCUCCCCAGUUAUUAAUAAGGAAAGACCAAAAGCGGCAUAUCAGUUGUGCAAAAAGUCAAUAUUACAACUUCAACAGAGGUAAACAUUUGAUGGUGUGUAAUAAUUGUUUAUAUAUGUUUUAUUUUACAAGAAAUCAUUUUAAUAAAUGUAAUAUUAUAAUACACAAGAGAAAUAAAAACUUACGUUCCUUUACAAUAUAUGAUGAAAUAAUCAAAAAUAUAAAUACAAGUGUACAAUGGGCAAGACAUUAUUCAUUUUAUAAAUUUUACUACACUGCGUAUGUCAGUUUUUUAAAUCAUCGAAUAAAUACUUUUCACAAUAUUAUGAACAUGGUCAUAAAUAAUAAAAGACAAAAAAAAAAAAAAAAUAUAUUAUAUCUUUUUUUUAAAUAUAAAAAGAUACUAUUUAAUUCUAGCAUAUUUUACGACUUCAUUAAUAAGAAAUUUAUAUGUAUCGAUUUUUGUCAUGCGGCUAAUUUGUACAUAGAAUUUUUAAAAGUACAAGAUAGAGUUAAUGCAGCAGCUGGCCCAAAUAAUUGUAAAACUUCCUUUCAUUACAGGAUUAAUGGACGUGAUGAAAAAAGAAAUUUUAAUAAAAAAGACCUAGUUAAAGAAAUGAAAAAUAAUUUGAACAUUUAUGUAUGGAGUAGCCACCAAAAGGAAAACUUUUAUUCGUCUCUCGUAAAAAUGAAAUUUCGCAAAUUUUACAAUUGA